AAACAGAGGUAUUGUUUGGAUCUUUUCCUAUGGUGUUUAUUGAUUAUAUUGAUGCUAAUUUUUCUUCUUAUUUUGUGUUUUUAUCUCUAUGUACUACCUUUUAUUUGUUUUAUUUUUCAUUUUAACUGGACUUGUCUGUUAUUAAUUCUAAAUAGGUCACUGUGAGAUUCACUAAAGAAGAGUGUCUUGAACAAUUCCAACACUUCCACAUGUACAAUCAUUUCAGUAUAUGAAUUAACACAAUCAUGAAUAGAGAUUAUUAGCAAUUACCACACAAAAUGCAUAUUCUAAUGAAAACUCUUCCCAUUAAUGUUUUGUGGGAAAAAUUUCUUUUCCUAUUAAUUAUCUUCAACUCACAUAGUUGCAGUAAUCUGCUAAAAGAUUCUACUUCAAUUUUCAAUCUUACUAGUAAGAUCCUGUCUCAUAACUAAUAACUCAUUUUCAUUAGACCACAAGAACUUUGUUUAUCGUCGAUAAUACAUUGUAAUUUUAACAACAACACAUAGUUUGUUUCACUUUUUAUACAACUAUUCGAUGUAGUGGAUGGAUCAUUAUGCAUUAAAUGAUAGCUGCACUUAUGCACCGGUGGAUGAGACAAAAACCAUGUAUUUGACUAAAGGAAUCUACACAGCAGUAACGAACAUAAUGAUCACUUUAUGGCUGCCAAAUAUACAUCGUCAAUUAAGACUUGGUUUGUUCAAAUGUGUGCUAAUUUAACAGUAAUUUUACUUCUAGUAUGUGCAGCUAGGAUGUUUUUGAAUUUGGAGCAUGUACUCUUACCCUCCCACAUAUCACUAUUAUAUUUUUCUUAGAGCCUUCAUUAGUUUCAAAACCAUCGAUAGGUGUAAGAUAUACAUAAGAAAAACCUUUUAUUGAUCUUCAUUUUUUGGUUGUUGUUGUUGGCUGCAGUUCCUGUGUCUAUGGGUACAUUCUUAUAGCUGAAAUUUUGACUUACUGGAUCCCAGGUAAUUAAAUAAAUGAUGAAGUACUAUCUGUUGCUAUGAUUUUCUUUCAUUUUAUUCCAUUCUUCCACACCACACUGACUUCACACUCUCCAAUUACAUACAACCAUCAAUUACACUGUUGUAGACAAUGUGCACUUCAGUCGGAGGCAUGCCCACUACUGCUACAUUCUGCAUUACUCACACUAUGCCAAAGAGUUUAAAAAGCAAAAGAUUUUACAAAAUUCCUUUCAAAAGAAGAAUCAUCACCAAGAUAUUACAUUACUUUAUAAUUGAAUCCAGAAAUAAACUUAAUAAUUAGCACUUAAUAAUUAGCAUUAGAUUGUGCAAUUAAUAAUAGGUAUUUUAAAUAUGCUGAUAUUUCGUACUUUCAAACAUUUCUAAUAGAAGAAUAAUUUUAACUGUAUGUAAAGCGUACUAACAAAUUAAUUUCCUUUUACAUAUUUUAGCCUGAAACAUAACACAUCGUUUACAAAAUUAUCUGAAGUUCAUUCUGUUAAACAGCUGAUAUAAUGUUCACCUAUACAAGAAUCGAUAGUACAGCUGGUAUUCGUUAUUUCUAUAAAACAAGGUGAUGUUAGAAAAGGAUGCCUUUUACAAGCAUCAACUGCAUAAUAAUUACCUUUUUGUUGACAAUGUAGAGAAAACUUUUUUGUCUCCAGAAAGACAAAAAAAAUCUGAUCGAAAUGUGUAUAUUUCUAAAACAAACUGAUUUAAGUCAUUUAUUUUCAAUGUAUAAGAAACACAUCUCUCAUGGUAAAAGUGUUCCAAACGUUAUUCAGCAGAAAAUUUAGUUCCUACACCUGCAAAAAAUUUAAUUUACUUUAUUGUGAGACAUUUUGCAAUACUAUAACUACUACAUAUUACAGAAACAAAGAAUUUCACAAUCAAAACAACAUUUUCCAAAAUGUGCUCAAGAAGUGAUAUAUUUUAAUCUCAUCAUUUACGAUAACUGUGCAGAAGAAGUCUUUUCCUGGUAUCAGACUAACCACAGUUACAUAGUCUAAAGAUCGAACUUAGAAUAGGUGGCAUUUGACACAUGCCUAAUAUUAUUUGUCAUAUUUUCAUUUCAUACUCAGAUUUGAUUAUUCCUCAAAUUAAGCAAGGAAGUUUCUAUCCAUCAUCAUUUUUCUCAGUACAGUCUAUGUUUUAUACAUAUAUGUUGGACUGUAGUAUCCCAUUACCAUAAUAUCCAUAGAAGUAAUUUUCUACAUGGUUAGCGAAUCCUUUUAUCACUGAGUAAAAUGGUACUGUAGUUAGCACACUGGACUCACAUUCAGGAGGACGACAGUUUAAACCUGUGUCCAGCCAUUCUGACUCAGGUUUUCCAUGAUUUCCCUAAAUUGCUUUAGGUAAAUGCUGGGAUGAUUCCUUUGAAGGGGAAUGGCUGACUUCCUUCCCCUUCCUUCACUAAUCUGAUUGGACCGAUGACCUCACUGUUUGGUCCCCUCCCUCAAAUCAAACAAACCAAUCCUUUAUCAAUAUAUUUGUUAUUUUGUCUUGUGAAGUGCUCUAAGUGUCUGAAAAAUUAAAUUACUGAUAUCACUGUCAGUAUAUGGACUUAUUGUAUUUAUUGCUGACACAUGAGAUUUUCCUAUUGCUAAAUAAUGUUCACAUUGGUACUCACAUAUUGUAGAAGAUAACUGGAACUGAAUGGGUAGUUUGAAAUUAUGUUUACUAACUGUUUCACAAUCUUUGGAGGAAAUGUAUUCUGUUUCAUGUAUGGUAGCCGAAAGGCCAAUUCACAUUGGCUGCCAUGUCAUGACACAUCAUGUCCCUGUCACAUUAGAAUGUAUUCACACUAUCUGUAACAUAAUAUUGGGCCACAUCGGUUCACUUUGCCCUGUACUGAAUGGUGAAAGUGAAGCUGUCAUUUACUAUCCAUAAUGCAGAAAAUCGGAGUGUAAUAUUGGAAUGGAAUGGCUAACAAGUAUAAAGUUUGUUGAUGGCCAAAGCAAAUUUCAUAACGUAUUCUCUUGAUCAGUUUUUUGUGGUAAAGUGCCAAAAAUGAAAUAACAUUGGAAAACACAGACAUUUAUUUUUUGACAAAAAUAUGUACUUGCAGACAUACCAAACAAUAUUUGUAAGAGAAUAAAUAAAGCCCAUUUACCUUAUCCAAUGUGUUUUUUUGCUCAUGUAAGUAAUAACAUCGAAAGAAACUGUAUUCUUCUUCUUCAUUACAGCUGACUUUUUCACUUAAAAUGUUAUUUAACAAAAACUGCUUUAUCAACUAAUGUUCUUAUUUAUUCACAAUGGGGGCAUUAGUUCUGAGCUGUUAUUGUAAAACCAGAGUGAUUUUGCACUUUCUGAUAUCAGACUGUGUCUGUGAAAGAAUAAUUAAUGGGAAAAAUAUGCAACUUGUUUUGGAACAUAUGCAGUUUACCACUAAAAAAAGUAUAAUAGCAAAAUGAAGUGGAUGACAUCGGAAGUUCACUGAGGCUUUUUGCAGAUGAUGCUGUGGUGUAUCGAGAGGUUGCAACAAUGGAAAAUUGUACUGAAAUGCAGGAGGAUCUGCAGCGAAUUGACGCAUGGUGCACAGAAUGGCAAUUGAAUUUCAAUGUAGACAAAUGUAAUGUGAUGCGAAUGCAUAGAAAGAUAGGUCCCUUAUCAUUUAGCUACAAAAUAGCAGGUCAGCAACUGGAAGCAGUUAAUUCCAUAAAUUAUCUGGGAGUACGCACUAGGAGUGAUUUGAAAUGGAAUGAUCAUAUACAGUUGAUAGUCGGUGAAGCAGAUGCCAGACUGAGAUUCAUUGGAAGAAUCCUAAGGAAAUGCAAUCCGACAACAAAGGAAGUAGGUUACAGUACGCUUGUUCGCCCAAUGCUUGAAUACUGCUCAGCAGUGUGGGAUCCGCACCAGGUAGGGUUGAUAGAAGAGAUAGAGAAGAUCCAACGGAGAGCAGCGCGCUUCGUUACAGGAUCAUUUAGUAAUUGCGAAAGCGUUACGGAGAUGAUAGAUAAACUCCAGUGGAAGACUCUGCAGGAGAGACGCUCAGUAGCUCGGUACGGGCUUUUGUUAAAGUUUCGAGAACAUACCUUCACCGAAGAGUCAAGCAGUAUAUUGCUCCCUCCUACGUAUAUCUCGCGAAGAGACCAUGAGGAUAAAAUCAGAGAGAUUAGAGCCCACACAGAAGCAUACCGACAAUCCUUCUUUCCACGUACAAUACGAGACUGGAAUAGAAGGGAGAACCGAUAGAGGUACUCAGGGUACCCUCCGCCACACACCGUCAGGUGGCUUGCGGAGUAUGGAUAUAGAUGGAUGUAGAUGUAGAAUAUAUGCAGUGAAGUAAGUAAAUUUCCGACGUUAGCAAACGCUGAAACCAUCAAAUCUUUCUUCCCAUUAAACCUUGAUGUGUCAUGAUGUUGACAGUUGUGUGAAUAUAGGCAUUUGAAAUGCAUUAUGAAAUGUUUCGAUGUGAUGUGACAUGAAGUGACAGCAAGUGUGAACUGGUCUUAAUACACUAAUGUGCUACUUUUUUUGGCCUAAAAGUACAUUGAGAGAAAAAAAUGGUAGUUGUCUCUCAUUUCAUUGGAAAGUUUCAGAAAAAUUUUACAGGGAAAUUUUCAUAUUUAUAAGCAUUCUGGCAUUCCUUAGAACACACAUAAUUUAGCCCUGAAAACGGAAUUUUUAAGGAAAUAUUUGAAUUUAUAAUUAUGUUUAAAGUGUAAUUUUCAGAAACUGUGAGACCAUUGUAAAUGAUGAUGUUCAUUUUACAUUUCAUCACUGAGAUGUAGAGAAGCACAUGGUUUAACAUAGUUUUUUUGGCACCCAUUAACAAAUUUAUCCAUUUGGAUUACAGAGAUAGACUCUGGAAAAGAUUAAUUACAAUAUUUUUUCAAAUCUAAAUUUAGUUGUAAGACAUUGUUAUUGCAACUCCUAACCUAUAUACUAAAUAAUGAAAUAUACAUAUGAUACUCAAACUUAGUAAUAACUGAAUAGUGAUGAAAAUCUGUUAACUUAAUAUUUGUGAACUAUAUAAGCUAAAGCCUGUUAUAAAUUUAUUAGUAGUCAGCUAUUGUAAACGAAAUACACAAAUUUGUAGAUGAUCUAAAUUUACAAAAUAGUUAAUUAUUUAGGAAAAACGUAUUUUUUCUUGUAUAUCAUAUGAUACCAAGUAUUUAUUUGCUGCUCAUUAAGCUAAUUUUGUAUGAUGCUGGUAUUCAGGUUAACAAUUAGCAACAAAAAUUAACAUGAGUGGUGCUUAAGAUAAAAUUUAUUAUAUGCAAUGAUUUUUUUAGUCUUUAUAUUAUCAAGCUAACAUUUCUCAUUAUAUAAAUGAGCUCUUCAAAGAUAACAAUUCUGGAAAUGAUAGUCACGCUUAUACCCAUUUAUCAGGCUUUCUUCUUACAGAGGCACGUUGUUGCCAUUUGUCGACAUUAAAAUUUUCCAACAGAAUUUUUCUCUGCUCAUGCAAUAAAAUGGCUUGGAUUCUGCCAUUAAUAUUGAGUUGUCUUUAUGCAGUAAUAGUUAAUCUACUACUAUGUAUUACUGUCAUCAUCAUUUAUGUUUUUACUAGCAGUAUGCUCGGUAUAGGGUAUUGGAAGACAUUAAUUAUUUGGUCACACACAAUGUACAUGUCUUAUUAUUAUUUUGCCACACAUUAAACUUUCAGAUACAUCAUGUAUGCCUAAACAACUUUCAGCGGCACACUGCACAUAACUUGUUCACUAUUUCUUCUGUAAAAAUGUUUGUGACCAUACUAUGAAACAUUGAAACUAGUUAUUCUGGUGAAUUACAGCCCAUAUUUCGUUUUCCUAACUUUAAUAUACAUAGUCCUGUAAAAUAUUAUGACUUUGCCUGAUGUUUCACAACCUUUACUCUAUGAAAAUACCAUACUUUAUCGUUACUGGUGGACACAUUUUGCCACUUACAAGAAUUAAUGCACUGUACCUUUCCUUUCAAGAAUACAGGAGGCUGUUGACGUAAGUACAAAACAAAAAUUUAACAUAUAGGAUGUGAAUUGCAGAACACUACUAACAAGGUUUGGUAAGGCUUAAUAGAGAGGUGGCAGUCGACUUCUUGAUAUCCCAAAUAAUCGUAUACUGUUUGAUGUAAAGUGCUCCAUCACCUGGCUGCGUUUUACUACGACAGCGAAAAGUUAAGUAUCCCUGUUCCCUACACUACUGCAAUGAAUUCUAGGGAGAUGUUGAUAAAAUGCUUUGAAGUAAAUCCUGGAAAUCUUCAUUGGUAUUCGCUAGGACACAUGUCUUUGUCUGGCAGUGUCGUAAAUACCUGAAAAAAUCGUUAAAUUAUGUUUCGAAUGCUAAAUUUCUUUUCUGGUUUUUCAUCAAUUUGUUAUGCCCAGCCCUCAUUUGCAUUUAUCUCUUAGAAGCUCACAGAAGACGAUGGUUAAAUAGGAGAAUUUUAUGUAGCGAACGAUAUCAUUUUCUUUGUCUGCCCUGGUGCAUUAUAUUUUUCGAUGAUUUUGGCACUUACUUUGUGUAAUCUUUGCGCAGUCCUGAUGUACUAUCAUUGAAAUUGCCGGUUAGACGUCAUCUAUGAUUUGCUUUGUAUCCAAUGAUUACAAUUAUAUAUAAUAUGGCGGGUUACAUGUUUUGAAAAGAUGUUGUGAUAGUUGAUAACAAAGGUGUUUCAGCUCGAUAGUAGGUUGAAACGCAACAAGUUUACCAGACCUCGUGUGCAUAACUUCUCAGCACUGAUGAUCAGCUGUAAGGAUGAGACGUGCAUUGUUAGGACUGUUAGAGUUUCCAAUCAAAGAACAACAGAAGAUACUAUGAAGCCUCAGAGUGUGGGUAGUUAAAAUCCGGGCCUUACAGAUCACCUAUGGAACCAACAAAGCUAUCAUUGCGGCCAUUUUUCCCUUACGAAUCAAAACUAUCAACCUUCUGAAUACUAGAAUUGUUUCUGGUCUGCGAAAGUGUCUAGGACACAAAUGCACCACAUAAUAGAAGAUAGAAGGGAAAGAGUUCUGGUAACAUAUUUGUGCAGAAGUUUCAUAACACCAAGGAACAAAUCAGUGAAGUAUUGCGGAACGCCAUCUUGGUUACCAUAGUGCUAAGGGUACAUUGGCACAGACUGCAGCGCAGUGUCAUCGUCAUUCCUCUUGUGGUCAGUGAAUUUGCACGACUGGUGUGUGUGUUUGGAGUCAUCAGAGGUAGAUAGCCACGAGUACACUGAAGACUGGAGGAAUCCUUAAAGAAGAAGCCAGCCAAAAUCAGCAUCGACAAGGCACUUACUGGAAGAGUACGCGGCUUAGCAGCGAUUACGUGACACCGAAACCAGUGAUCGUGUGAAACUGUAAUGAGCAAUAGCUUUUGAUUAAUUUUAUGGACACUAGGAUGGAAAAUACUAAACCAGAUGUGCUGCAGGACGGUCCGCUGGACCAACAGGGGAAGGAUAACGAUGAUGUUGGAGAUGCCAAUAAUUCGUUGUCGUCUGAAGCUUCUGUUGUGGAAGACAGUCGCAAUGAAGAAGUGAAGUUUCAGAGAGACAAAGUACAUACUGAUCCUACCGUAUUCUCCCCGCUGAAGAACUUUUCGUCCCGCCCGCCAACAGAUUCAGUCACUCAUCCUAACAUUGGGAAACCGUUGCUACUGCGGCCGUCCGUGCUAUCGGGAAGUUCCGCUGAAUUGGGAAGUGCCGCAUCGAAACCGGACAGUGGUUCCUUUUCUUCUGCAUUUGGCGUGAGGCCCAUGGCGUUUUCCUUUGCGACGGCAACUAAAGAUCAGGCAGGAUCGGCGAGGCCUUUCCUUCUGCGUCCCUCGAAACUGGCAGCUCCCGUUUCGGAGCAAAACGACGGAACGGGAAAAUCUGCUGUAACGUCUAGCUUAUUCGGGGCCAAGCCCUCCAUUUCUUCCGAUUUAUCUAAGGAGCCUGCUGCCGGGUCAAGUCCGAGCAAGCCCAUUUUUCUUAGGCCCUCAAAGUUGGCCGUAGCUUCACCGGAGAAGGGGUCAGAUCCCACUGCAGGUAAUGAUUCUGUUGGAGACGAAUCAAAGACUGUCGCUUCUUCUGAGUCGGGCUCAGAUGUUAAAGACGAAACAAAUGCGACGAAAUCUGCAGUUCUUAGACCUUCUCAGCUGGCUGCUACUACGGCAGAUUUGCAGAUAUCAGAAAAAACUGCACCUCCGAAGAACCCGUUCGCUAGAGUACCCGCUUUUAGCGAAGAUAAAGAGGAGAAGGAAGAAAAAGGGUUGGGAGAGAGUGGUGAUAGUCAGUGUGCAUCAGAAACUCAGGUUUCCAGCUCGACAUCGCUCCCAAAGUUUGUUCGGCUUACUACCGGAUCGUCUGUUGUCACUCCUGUGGUGUCGGUACCACCGGUCGUCAAUCCUGUUGUGACAGUGGCGUCUGCGCCCCCUACUUUUGUGUUCGGGCAGAACUUGUUAGACAGAGUAGAAACGAAGGAAAACAAUGCAGCAACUCAACAGCAUUUAGAAUCUAAUGGAGCUAACUCCUCCGAAAUGUUGUUCACGUCGGUGAUCAGGAAGGAGGACAGCAACGACGGAAGCAACAGCGAAGGCGCGGAGAGGCCGCCGUCCAAGAGCCUGAGCGACGCGGCGAGAGAGUACGAAGAAUCGCGGGCCGCCAAGAGGAAGUACGAGGAGGUGGCCGUGGUCACCGGCGAGGAGGACGAGGCGAACGUGGUGCAGAUGAACUGCAAGCUGUACGCGUUCGAGAAGUCCAAGGGCACGUGGGUUGAGCGCGGCCGCGGCACAUUGCGUCUCAACGACCGCGAAUCGGCGCUGGGCGCACAGUCGCGCGUCGUGGUGCGCACGGCGGGCAACCUGCGCGUCGUCAUUAACACGAAGGUGUGGGCCGGCAUGGUGGUGGAGCGCGCCAGUCCCAAGAGCGUGCGCCUCACCGCCAUGGACACGACCGGCGAGGUCAAGGUCUUCCUCGUGUCCGGCUCCCAGAAGGAGACGGAGCAGCUGUACAAGUCGCUGGUAGCCCGCGUCGAGCGGCAGCGGGCUGCUAACGCGCACGCCGCGCCGCCCGCGCCAGCGCGCUCGGACUCGGACGCCCCGCCGGCCAAUCCAGAGCCGAAGCGCGUCGCGCAGGACGCCGACACGGGGGAGCCGGCCGCGACGCUCUAGGCACUGCCUUAGCUCUCUGCUGCUAGUUAGAGUCUGGCUUGUUCGUGUCGUGGCCUAUACAUGAUCGUCAUUGUUCACAGUUCCUUUCAUUUCACACCCCUGUAUCGUAUCUGCAGAUUAACACCACCGUUUGCGCCAUUAUUCCUUCUGACAGCUUCGUCCUAGACACUGUUCUUUUUUCCAGUUUAUUUACUUGUCACGGUGUAUUUAUUUAUCCGGAUAUGUGACGAUAAAUGAUCACAUCAUGUGAACAGGAAACCGCUCGUUUAUAGGUCCACGCUGCAGAAUAGCGCUUUAAAUGUGGAUGGCGCCCUCCCCCGGGCGGCAGGUUACGUAAUGCGAAUGACAGAGUCAUGUUGUUGUUGAAAUAAAACACCGUCUGUAGGUACUGCCUCUGGUUGUUUCAUUAUCUGUUAUAAUUUCGUGGAAUGCCUUUAUUGGCGUUUCAGACAAACGGGUUAGUGUGCUGAAUUUGGGAUACUGGUAGCCUCAUCCUCGGGGCCCGCAGUGGCAGUGCUGACGUGAAAAUGUUAAUAAGCCCUAGGCCCUCAAAUGUCAGCUUUUUGAGUUUGAAUUUGUGUUAACUGACACUCAGCUGUUUUCGACAUAGUCUCCUCUAUCUAACCUGUUUCCCGCGGAAGUGCCGAAGUAAAGAGGCCGCUAAAAGGCGUUACACAAUUUCUUAUUUUCAUUUAAAUAUUUUACAAUUACAGAUCUUUGCCCAAUCUGUGAUUUUUUUAGCAUUUCAUUGUAAUGGAUAUAUUGGCGGCAGUGAUCGAUGUGUUCGCUAUUAUCACUCGCUUUUCAGAAGCACUGUCUUGUGUUUGUUUGUGUAAUUUAGUACUUGCCUGUACGUGUCCUACAUAGACUCUGAGACUAGUGGCACCUAUUAAAACUUGAAGUUUAUUGCUGUCAGUAUACUUUUUUGUUCUGUGAUUUGUUUCUAUGAUUAAAUUAGGAAAUAAAAUUAUCUUGUAUGGCCUUAACAGAUGAAUGUACUGAGACAAAUAAUGUAACAAUGUAGAUGUCGUUGGCGAAAUGACAAGCAUAUCAAGUGGCGUACUGAAAAUGAUUGUUUAUGGAAUAAAGAAAAUAAUUUUUGA